CAAAACUUUGUUCUCCGCCGUUUCAUUUCACAUUUUCACUCUCUCAAACUGAGUUACUUACCGGCGACUCGACGAGGCCUCUUGCCCUCUUCCACUUCAUUUUAGCCUCUUUGCCAUCUCAACACCACUGGCAGCUUCGCACGACCGCACCUGGCAAGUGGCAAGCUUCAACUUGCUGUUAUGGGGAGUGAAGCGAACUUAAAAUCAUGGGUCUCCGACAAAUUGAUCUCCCUUCUCGGUUAUUCUCAGCCUACCGUCGUCCAAUACGUUAUUGGUUUAACUAAGCAAGCUGCUUCCCCUGGUGAUGUUGUGGGUAAGCUUGUGGAGUUUGGGCUUUCAACGUCUAAUGAAACGCGUGCUUUUGCUGAAGAGAUAUAUGCCCGGGUUCCUCGUAAAAAUGCUGGAGUUAAUCUUUAUCAGAAGCAAGAAAGGGAGGCAGCAAUGUUGGCGAGGAAACAGAAGUCUUAUCAGCUAUUAGAUGCUGAUGAUGACGAUGAUGAAAUGCCAAUUACUGAGAAAACAUCUUCUACUACCGUUGUUUCCGAGUCAAAGAAGCUAGAUUCUCGUAAGAAACGGUUCAGGAAGAAGAAUGACGAUCUUGACGAUGAUGAUGAUGAUGAGGCCAUGGCAAGCAGAGAACAAGAAAGACAAGUGAAGAGAAAAACUUCUGAUGUCGAUGAUGACGAUGAUGGUUCUGAGUCAGAAGAAGAAAGAUUACGAGAUCAAAGAGAUAGGGAAGAAUUGGAAAGACAUAUUAAAGAACGGGAUGCUGCUCGAACAAGGAAGCCAACAGAGACAAAAUUAACGAAGAAGGAGGAAGAAGAGGCAAUCCGGAGAUCCAAAGCUUUGGAGCAAGAUGAUAUUGAUGCUCUUAGAAAAGUUUCAAGACAAGAAUACUUGAAGAAAAGGGAGGAAAAAAAAUUAGAGGAGCUCAGAGAUGAGAUAGAAGAUGAACAGUACCUAUUUGAUGGUGUUAAGCUGACUGAAGCAGAACGUCGUGAAUUGAGGUACAAAAAGGAAAUUUAUGAGCUUGUCUCCAAAAGGCGGGGAGAAGAUGCGAGUGAGAUAAGCGAGUACAGAAUACCGGAUGCGUAUGAUGUGGAAGGAGGAGUGAACCAAGAGAAAAGAUUUGCUGUUGCUUUACAGCGUUACAGAGAUGGAGGUGAGUCUGGGGGUAAGAUGAACCCAUUUGCUGAACAAGAAGCAUGGGAGGAGCACCAGAUUGGAAAAGCAACCCUCAAAUUUGGUUCUAAAAAUAAAACGCAGAAUGCAGACAAUUAUGAAUAUGUCUUUGAAGAUCAGAUUGACUUCAUCAAGGCCUCUGUGAUGGAUGGGGAUGAGUUAAAAGAUGAGAUGUUAAUGGAGGCAGAUGAGGACUCCAAACCAAAAUCCGCUUUGGAGAAGCUGCAGGAAGAGCGCAAAACCCUGCCAAUCUAUCCAUAUCGAGAGGAGCUACUGAGUGCUGUCCGCGAUCAUCAGGUUCUCAUAAUUGUUGGAGAGACUGGUUCUGGAAAGACAACUCAGAUACCACAGUACCUCCAUGAAGCUGGAUAUACAAAAGUUGGAAUGAUUGGAUGUACUCAACCAAGGAGAGUUGCUGCCAUGAGUGUUUCGGCUCGUGUUUCCCAAGAAUUGGGUGUGAAACUUGGGCAUGAGGUGGGUUAUUCCAUUCGAUUUGAAGAUUGCACAUCGGAGAAGACUGUUCUUAAGUAUAUGACAGAUGGUAUGCUGCUUCGUGAAUUCCUUGGUGAGCCAGACCUUGCUAGCUACAGUGUUAUCAUGGUGGAUGAAGCACAUGAGAGGACCCUUUCUACUGACAUAUUAUUUGGUUUGGUCAAGGAUGUUGCUCGCUUUCGGCCGGACUUGAAGUUACUCAUCUCAAGUGCAACACUAGAUGCUGAAAAGUUCAGUGACUAUUUUGAUUCUGCUCCAAUAUUCAAAAUUCCUGGGAGGCGUUACCCUGUUGAGAUUCACUACACUACGGCACCAGAAGCGGAUUAUUUGGAUGCAGCAAUUGUUACUGCAUUGCAAAUACAUGUCAGAGAACCACCUGGUGAUGUUCUGAUUUUUCUCACUGGACAAGAAGAGAUUGAAACAGCUGAGGAAAUAAUGAAGCAAAGGACUAGGGGGCUUGGCACAAAGAUUGCUGAACUCAUUAUAUGCCCCAUCUAUGCCAACCUACCUACAGAUCUUCAAGCCAAGAUAUUUGAACCUACUCCUGAAGGGGCGCGUAAGGUUGUGUUGGCCACUAAUAUUGCAGAGACAUCUCUAACGAUCCAUGGGAUUAAAUAUGUUAUAGAUCCGGGAUUCGUCAAAAUGAAGUCAUAUAACCCACGAACUGGGAUGGAGUCAUUGCUGGUGACACCUAUCUCCAAGGCAUCUGCAAACCAACGUGCUGGACGAUCUGGACGAACAGGUCCAGGAAAGUGUUAUAGGUUAUAUACUGCUUACAAUUACCAGCAGGAUUUGGAAGAUAACACUGUCCCAGAAGUUCAGCGAACAAAUCUUGCAAAUGUUGUGCUUUCUCUUAAAAGUCUUGGGAUUCAUGACUUGUUGAACUUUGAUUUCAUGGACCCACCACCGUCUGAAGCAUUACUAAAAGCUCUUGAAUUGCUUUAUGCACUUGGUGCUUUGAAUAAGCUUGGUGAGUUGACUAAAGUUGGGAGGAGAAUGGCAGAAUUUCCCCUGGACCCCAUGUUAUCGAAGAUGAUUGUUGCUUCUGAGAAGUAUAAAUGCUCUGAGGAAGUAAUUACAAUUGCAGCAAUGCUGUCUAUUGGAAAUUCGAUUUUUUAUCGACCAAAGGAUAAACAAGUCCAUGCAGACACUGCAAGGAUGAGAUUCCAUGAGGGCAAUGUUGGAGACCAUAUUGCUCUUCUCAAGAUAUACAACGAUUGGAAAUCAUGUGACUACGGAAGUAUGUGGUGCUUUGAGAAUUAUGUUCAGGUCAGGAGUAUGAAACGAGCAAGGGAUAUAAGAGACCAACUCGAGGGGCUCUUGGAGAGGGUCGAAAUUGAAUCCACAUCUAGUCUAAAUGAUUUGGAAGCAAUAAAAAAGUCCAUCACAGCUGGUUUCUUCCCUCACACAGGAAAGUUACAGAAAAAUGGAUCUUAUAGGACAAUUAAACAUUCUCAGACUGUCUACCUACAUCCUAGUUCAGGUCUAGCCCAGAUGGAGCCACAACCAAGAUGGGUUGUUUACCAUGAACUGGUUUUGACAACAAAAGAAUAUAUGAGACAGGUAACGGAGUUAAUACCCGGGUGGCUGGUUGAGAUCGCUCCUCACUACUAUCAGACGAAGGAUGUUGAAGAUACCAGCACAAAGAAAAUGCCACGGGGUAAGGGGCAUUCUGCUGCUAGUUGAAGAGGGAGCUUUAGAAGAAAAGAAUUUUUGUUAGAAAGAACCAACUGAAUCAUAAGCCAAAAUAGCUGAUGAUUUAUCUCCUUUUUAUAGAGCCUAAAUUUGUAUGGACGAUGUAAAUAUAACAUUGGUGGUGUAUUGUAGAGUUUCCAAUUUUAUACUACCUCCGUUCAUUUUUAAUAGUCACACUUACACUUCUAA